AUGUUUGGGUUUCGGCGCUGGGGCUGCUGUCGGCUUGUGAUGUAGGAGCGGCGGCACAGCACAGCGCAGAGAGGAUGUCGGGCGGUGACAGGACUUCAGCCAUGGCUCAACAAAAGAAUCUUGAAGGAUAUGUGGGAUUUGCAAAUCUCCCCAAUCAAGUGUACAGAAAGUCUGUGAAGAGGGGGUUCGAAUUCACAUUGAUGGUUGUAGGUGAAUCAGGAUUAGGAAAAUCGACACUCAUCAACUCGUUGUUUCUGACAGACUUGUACUCAACAGAAUAUCCUGGCCCUUCACAUAGGAUCAAAAAAACAGUAAUGGUUGAACAGUCAAAAGUAUUCAUAAAAGAAGGUGGUGUUCAGCUACUGCUCACGAUAGUUGACACACCAGGAUUUGGAGAUGCUGUGGACAACAGUAACUGCUGGCAACCUGUUAUUGACCACAUUGACAGCAAAUUUGAAGAUUAUCUUAAUUCAGAGUCUCGAGUGAAUCGGCGCCAAAUGCCAGACAGCAGAAUCCACUGUUGUUUAUAUUUCAUUGCACCUUCAGGACAUGGAUUAAAGCCGUUGGAUAUUGAGUUCAUGAAGCGCCUACAUGAAAAAGUUAACAUCAUUCCACUCAUUGCCAAAGCAGACACUCUCACACCAGAAGAAUGUCAGCAAUUCAAAAGACAGAUAAUGAGAGAAAUCCAGGAGCAUAAAAUAAAAAUCUAUGAAUUUCCAGAAACGGACGAUGAAGAAGAAAACAAACUGGUAAAAAAGAUUAAGGACCGCUUACCUCUUGCUGUUGUAGGUAGCAAUACUAUUAUCGAAGUGAAUGGAAAACGAGUCCGAGGAAGGCAGUAUCCUUGGGGAGUUGCAGAAGUUGAAAAUGGUGAACACUGUGACUUCACAAUCCUACGGAACAUGUUGAUCAGAACUCACAUGCAGGAUCUGAAGGAUGUGACCAAUAAUGUCCAUUACGAGAACUACAGGAGCCGAAAACUGGCAGCUGUCACCUACAAUGGAGUUGAUAACAAUAAAAACAAAGGACAAUUGACCAAAUAUGACACGGUUGAAGGCAUAAGUCCUCUGGCCCAGAUGGAGGAAGAACGAAGAGAGCAUGUGGCAAAGAUGAAGAAGAUGGAGAUGGAAAUGGAACAAGUCUUUGAGAUGAAAGUCAAGGAGAAGGUUCAGAAACUGAAGGAUUCUGAAGCUGAGCUCCAGCGACGCCAUGAACAAAUGAAGAAGAACUUGGAGGCACAGCAUAAAGAACUGGAGGAAAAACGUCGCCAAUUUGAAGAUGAGAAGCAAAACUGGGAGGCUCAGCAGCGCAUUCUGGAACAACAAAAACUGGAUUCUACCAGGACCUUGGAAAAGAACAAGAAGAAAGGGAAGAUCUUUUAAAGUGUUUAAAAACCACCAAAUAAUGAUGUACUUCUUGCCAAUAUGCCAGCUCUGGACAUAAUUUUUUUUGAAAGGAUUCAACCAACUUUGCACCUAUUAUCUCUAUAAUGUUAAUGUAUUAGCAUGUGAAAUGGCCAACUUAAUACUAUGUUUGUACAUUAAUUUCCAUUUGUAAUCUCUGGUAUAGGAAGCUAGAAAUGUCUUGCAUUGUCUAGGGUGUAUUGUUAUGUAGAGAUAAAAAGCAUCUGAAAUUUUUUAAAUUGAUGCCCCACUUUUUAUGCCGAUAAAUGUUACCCUUCAUACAAUCAUGUUCUGGUGUUUGAUUGUUUACAGAAUAUUGUCUGAUCUUCCAUUGAUAUGGGGACUUCGAAAGAUGUUUAUAAGAAACGCCGCUAUACAUUGUUGAAACUUUGCUCCGCUUUUUCAAAAAUAACACACAAACCUCAUGCAAUUUGGCUAUAACGCAGUCUUGUCUAACACAGUUUGGCUCUGGGACAACACAGGUUAUUCUUUCACCUUUCAAUGUUUUCUGUCCCCAAAACAAAGAAAUAUUUAAACUCAAUAGGCUCGUGAGGAAAGUCCGACAUUUACAUAAUGUGUUGUCUUGAAUUCAUCUCGCAAUAUGGUAUCUUCAUUAAGUAAUUAAAAUCUCUAGCUACACAUUUAUCCUUUUGUAACUGCUUCAUUUAUUGUAACAUUUAAUUUAGAUAUUUCAUCAUACAUUGCCUAGCAAAAAGCUGAAAAAAUGAAAAAAAGCAAAGCUUUUGUAUGUUAGGAAAUAAUGGAGGUUAACAACCUUUUUCUCUCUUGCAUUUUAUUGUAGCUUGACUAUAGUACUGCGUUACAUUAAGCCCUGGAGACAUUUAUGCACCUCUCUCCAGCUACAUGCAGUCAAGCUUAUAUCUCCUUACUAGAAAUGGGAAUUGUGGCUCUGGAAAAAAGUCACAUUUAGCUGUAUACAUGUUACCCAUCUCUGUAUUUUUGUUUGUAUUGUACAGAGUCACAUAAUAAACAAUGUUGUGAUGAUGUAAA